ACUAACAGAAAAUUAUAGAGUUGACAUAGAGCAAGAACGACGCACUACGCUUGGUUCAAUUUGCUUUGUUGUUUUUGUGUGCACAAUUUAUUUGAAAUUAUUUAUUUCAAUAGGCAAACUAAAUAAUGGACUUAACAAGUACAAUGGAUGAUGCCAAGCUCGAAAGAUUCCGAGAGCUUAAUUUACUUGAAAAGCAUAGAGUAGAGAGUUUUAAGGAUUGGCCCUUUUCAUCAAAGUCAACAUGCAGCAUCAGCAAGAUGGCAGAAGCGGGGUUUUAUUGGACUGGCACCACGCGUGAAAAUGAUACAGCUACUUGCUUCGUGUGCGCCAAAACCCUAGAUGGUUGGGAGGCCGAGGACGAGCCAUGGAAGGAGCAUCUGAAACACGCGCCACAAUGUGAAUUUGUUAAAAUGGGUUGCGCAGAAAAGGACUUAACCGUGGAGCAAUUUUUAAACAUUUUUGGAACUGUUGUUAAGACCAACAUAUCAAAGAAUAUUAAGGAUUUUAAGACAAAAUUUGUGAAGGACAAUGAAGCAAAGCUGAAGAGCUUCACACAUAAUCAAUCUUAGUUUCAAUAUUAUUAUACAUAUUUAAUAAAUUACAUCGCUUAUUUUACUAAUG